GAGAGGCGAGCUAGUGGCUCUGGCGUAUGGGGGCCACAACGGGAGCGGCUGCGCCGCCCGGCCGGGUCAGCGUCGUGCGCAUGCGCCGACCGGCGCCAUUUUGGUGGCCGGGCACGGAGGUGAUUCCACACUGAGGCGAGCGCGGCGGCCGAGGUGGUAGUGGCAGUGUUCGUGUGAUCGGGUCUGAAUCACCGAGGGAGGAGGCGGUGGAGGAAGAGGUGGCGGCGGUGGCGGUGGUCGUAGCGGUGGCGGAGGAGGCGGGUACGAAUCAGCUGCGGGCGGAGACAUGGCCAACAUCGCGGUGCAGCGAAUCAAGCGGGAGUUCAAGGAGGUGCUGAAGAGCGAGGAGACGAGCAAAAAUCAAAUUAAAGUAGAUCUUGUAGAUGAGAAUUUUACAGAAUUAAGAGGAGAAAUAGCAGGACCUCCAGACACACCAUAUGAAGGAGGAAGAUAUCAACUAGAGAUAAAAAUACCAGAAACAUACCCAUUUAAUCCCCCUAAGGUCCGGUUUAUCACUAAAAUAUGGCAUCCUAAUAUUAGUUCCGUCACAGGGGCUAUUUGUUUGGAUAUCCUGAAAGAUCAAUGGGCAGCUGCAAUGACUCUCCGCACGGUAUUAUUGUCAUUGCAAGCACUAUUGGCAGCUGCAGAGCCAGAUGAUCCACAGGAUGCUGUAGUAGCAAAUCAGUACAAACAAAAUCCCGAAAUGUUCAAACAGACAGCUCGACUUUGGGCACAUGUGUAUGCUGGAGCACCAGUUUCUAGUCCAGAAUACACCAGAAAAAUAGAAAACCUAUGUGCUAUGGGCUUUGAUAGGAAUGCAGUAAUAGUGGCCUUGUCUUCAAAAUCAUGGGAUGUAGAGACUGCAACAGAAUUGCUUCUGAGUAACUGAGGCAUAGAGAGCUGCUGAUAUAGUCAAGCUUGCCUCUUCUUGAGGAGCACCAACAUCUGUUAUUUUUAGGAUUCUGCAUAGAUUUCUUUUAAACUGGCAUUCUUGCCUAAUGAUGUUAUCUAGGCACCAUUGGAGACGGAAAAAAAAAAAUCCCUGCUCUGUAAAUAAAGCUAAUUAAACGUCUGUGUAAAUUUAAAAAGGGGAAAUACUUUAAUUUUUUUUCUUAAUAGUGUAAAAAUUCCUUGAGCUAAGCUAAAACCAUGGAAGAAACAUGCUACUUUAGUGUUUAGCAGUGUACCAAGACUAGCAAGAGUUUGCUUCAGGAUUUUGUUGAAUAAUUAAGAUAAUAUUUUGAGUGUGUCAGGGCCAUUCAAAUUGUUGGUGUUGCAUCACAGCUACCUUAACUGUUUUUAACAUGGAUCCUCUGUGCCUGUGAAUUUACUUGCAUGCUUGUACUUGACUUCUUAGGAUGGGUAGCUGAAAAGACCACCAUUUUAAGCAUUUGAGAAUUCUUAAAUAUGAAAUUUAUUCAGAAUUGAAGAUGGUGACCUAUUCAGAGCCUUUUUGUCCUUGUCAACAGACUGGGACAUAGUGUCUGUUCCCCCCCGGCCCCCCCACCACCACCUUGCCACACACAGCUAAUAUUUUGAUGGUAAAUUUCUCUGUAUUAGGUGGGGAAAUGUGCUGAAGGACAGUAUGUAUCCCUUGCUUCAUUUUUAGAUCAUAGGUUUGGAAUGUUUUGUCCCAGUUCUUCAAACACUCUUAAAUUUUUCCUAAGUAAUGUAAAAAUGGAACUGCCAAUUUUAUUUCUCUUGCGAAAAUAGUAAAUACUUGAUGUUACAUUAUUCCCAGGUUUAUUGAAAGAACCCAACUUAGUUUUUCAGUGAAUUUGACACCUAUUUUUUAAAUGAUGAAAUUUUUCUUUGAGAACUGGCAAGGAUGCAGUCAGCUGUUUGCAGUUUUUAGCCUGAUUUUGGGGUCUAUAGAGAUUGCUUUAUUGGAUACUUCAAGUCAUUCUUGCUUGCACUUCCCCUAUUGACACAUGAAAGCUGUGUUGGUGUUUUAUUGUACAUACUUCAGAUACACAUAGGAAUAGAAGUGUGUUAUAAAUCUAGCUUUCUUUAUGAUGUUUCUGAUAUGAGAAUUGAAAACUUUACCUUCUCUUGUACAUAGUCAGACUAUUUGUAUUAAAUUUACAUUUCAUUCUAAGUUCAAAAGUUUGAAAAUUAUUAGUUUUGCAAGAUCAAACACUAAUGUGACCAUUUUAUGAAGGUUGAAGUGGAUUUAUGCAGGCAGUUCUAUAUAUAGAAAUACAAUUCUUUUUAAAUUUUUAGGACCAAUACAAAAUAACAAAAAUGUAAUGGAAUCAGACUGAAUUAAAGUAAGGCUGUAUAUUGAAAGUCAUAUUAUAAAAGGUUUGCUUUCUUUAAGUGUUAUUUAUCUUAAAUUAUAAUCGUUAAGUGUUUGGAAGAUAAUUUUUGAAUCAUAACGUCAGCAUAACUUCAUUUGACUUCUCAAUAAUCUUGAUACUAGAAGCAAUAAAAGAACCAUUAUUAAAUAUAUUGUAAUGUUAAAGAUGUGAAGGUUCUUCCAAAAAUUUGUAAGGCUUUCCUAAUUAACAGUAAACUCUUAUAGUUGAUAUUAUUUCAUACUAAACACAAGUUGCUGUUUUUUCCCCAUAUGUUUGCUUACGCAUGUCUUUAUACAAACACCUCCUUUUAUUGCUGUAGUUUAUUUUCUAAAGAUGCCAAAGGAAACAACAUUUUUCUUUAUUUAUUUUAAAUACCUGAAACCUUGUACUUUAUAUUUUGAAGUAAGGUGGGGUUGUGUGAAAAUGUGGAUGGUUUUUCUCCAGUGUUGGUUAGAAUUACUUUUUUUAAGUGGAGGGCAACUUGGUAGUAUUAGUAGAAUUUGGGUUUAAAAAUAUCAGACACAUCUACCCAGUUUAUUUUUUGCCUGUAUUAUCAGGGUAUAUUUAAUUGUCCUGUGGUUAAACAAAGGUGAGAGAGCUCAGAGUUUCUAAAGGUCAAGCAUUUUACAUAUACACAUACAUACAUGCUCUUGGAGGCAGCUAUAUCCUGCUUUGAUUUUUAUGGACAUGAGCCCUGUAGGGUUAUAUACUCAUCUAACUACACUUCAACAUCCCCAGUGCCCAAGAAAUUGAAAAGUAUAAUAUUUGGUUUGAGACAUUCUUCAUAAAAUAUUCUUUAUUAUAAAAAUUUACCUCAUUUACAUUUAAUGUGAUGAUUUUUUUUUUCCUUUCUGGUAUAUUUCCCACUGUACUGUUUGGUUUGUGUUAUUCUCUUGUCUGUGGGUAGAUUUAGUUACCCAAACAUAGAAACUAAAGCAAUUGCUUUUUUCCUCUGGUCUUAAAUAUGUUUGGAAAAAAAGACACUAAGAGAUCAGGCCUAGGGGAAAAGUACCCUGGUGGAAAUUAUUUUUGUAAUUCUUAAUAUUUUUGAGUUGGCUCCGUUUGUCAGUUUUAAAAGCCUCAAAAAUUAUGUUAAAAAAAAUCCAGUGAAAUCCCAUUUAGGGCAGGCCGAUUUGUUAGAAGUCACUGAUACUCCAGUAGGCUUUUGUUAUAAUCAGGCCUGUUUCCUGAGUAUGUGCCUCUUUUAAAAGAAGAAAUAAUUAGCUGUAUAGUAUUUCAGUACUGAUGAAUGAAUGAGUGAAUGAAUGAAUGAAUGGCAGUUAGUGGACCCAAAUAAGUAUUCAGUGGUAUAUAAAUAUUUGAGGAACUAGGUACUGAAUUAGGUGCUCUGAGUUGGCACCCUGAAAUGUUUGGAAUUACAACUAUGAUUUACUUAAACACGUAACACGUUCAAGGAUAUAUAAAUGUUUGGAGUCUUAAGUAUUUUGCUUUUGAAGAGAAUAAUCUAUAUGAAAUGAAAGACUUGAUUUUUUUUUUCAUUUUUUAGAAGUAAUACACAUUUAUGAUUGUUGGCACAUAAAACUAUGCAAAAUAAUUCUUUUUAAGUAUCUGUAAGAAAGAAUUGGCAGUUUAAACGGAUUUUGCUUAUUUAUGCACUACAGAAUGCAGCAUACUGUAUUACUGUUGAGGCUGCUUAAUAAGUUUACCAAUGUGAAAAGCAGAUCUUGGGUAUAAGUGUAUGCCUGAUUUGAGCUUUUAAAACUGUGCAGUAGGUGUAUGGUAAUGUUUUACAAUCCUAUGUAGCAAAAUAGGAAAUUAUGAAUUUUUGUUGUUGUUUUAAAGAUUUAAGAUGGAUUGGGGUAGGGAACAGCUGGAGCCAGGUAUACCUUCUAGUAUGUAGAGGGAAACAAUGUUUAGAUAGGAAAAAGGAAGCCGUCUGUUUACAGUUAACUUUAUUUCAUGGACUUCUACAAAAUGUUGUAUUAAUCACUUUUUCUAGUUCAAGGAAUUUCAAUUCCAGGGUACAAACCAUUGAUUUAAAAAUUACGUUUCCAUUCUUUUUAGUACCAGUUUAAAGUAAAUGCUUACCAUCAGCCAGUUGCUGUCACUGGGAAGAAGGCAACUUGAAGUAUUUACUGAUAAAUAGCCUUUAUUCCCAAGUGUGACUUUUCUUCAGUGUCUACAUAUUAUGUCACACGUUCUAUUUGCACUGCUGCAAUAUAGAUCAAAGAUCUUGUGGCAUAGGGGUAGGGGAGUGUUAGUAUCUCCCUUGUCCCAUUUGUUCUCUUACUGCUUCAUUGGACUGAUCUACCCUCAUGAACUUGCAAUCACCUAAAUGGAAGUCUUGAAUGUGUCACCUUUUGCUUGGUUAUUUCAACCAUGCUGCUAUAUAUAAUCAGGUGUGGCACAGUUUGUCAGUUUGAUUCUAGGUGUGAGUGGAUAGAAAUCAUUACACUGUGCUGUUAACGAUCCUUGUCUGCUUGCUGUUACCUACUUUUUACAGGCAUCAUAAUAAAAGCUAGACUAUUUCUUUGGGGGGAAAGAGACUUAUUUAAUGUAAUUUAAAAAACUUUUCCAAUAGAAAAUGAAAUAUUAUUGAAAAUAAUAUCUAUUUUUUAGCUUUCAGCAAUUGAUGGUGCUUUGUUGUGGUGUCUGCUGGAAGUCUACUGCCAUUAUAGGGAACCUUGCUUGUUAGCUUCUCUAGAUCUCUAUUCUAAACAAUCUGUUAGUGAUGAUAAAUUCUGUAGGAGGGUCUAUUCUGAGCCGUUAACUUCCUGUAAGGGGAAAAUGGGUGGGUUACCAGAAAUACCAUUGAAGCAGGGUGGGCUGUGGGUGGAGGGUUGGGGUAUUUGUCUUGAGAAUUAAAAACUACGAAACACUUUUGUACACAACUGAUUUUUUAAAAAAUAAACACAUUUUUAAAGAUGUUGAAUUUUUCCCCCCUUAUUGGGAAUUCUUAAAAAUAAAUGCAUGCAUGUUUUCCCCUGA